AUGGGGGGCGCGGGGCUGGAGCUGGGGGGCUACUUCCUGGCGCUGGGGGGCUGGGUGGGCGCCAUCUGCGCGGCCGCCUUGCCCCAGUGGAAGCAGAGCUCCUACGCGGGCGACGCCAUCAUCACCGCCGUGGGGCUCUACGAGGGGCUCUGGAUGAGCUGCGCCUCCCAAAGCACCGGGCAGGUCCAGUGCCGCCUCCACGACUCCCUCCUCUCCCUCGACGUCCACCUCCAGACGUCCAGGGCCCUCAUGGUGGUCUCCAUCCUCCUGGGCUUCGUGGGCGUCGUGGUCAGCGUCAUUGGCAUGAAAUGCACCAAAGUUGGGGAUGAGAACCCGGUGGCCAAGGGCUGGAUUGCAGUUUUGGGGGGUGUCUUCUUCCUCUUGGCAGGGAUGUGCACCAUGACUGCAAUUUCGUGGUAUGCGGCAAGGGUGACCUAUGAAUUCUUCAAUCCCAGCACGCCAGUUAAUGCCAGGUACGAAUUUGGGCCGGCCCUCUUUGUGGGCUGGUCUGCAGGCAGCCUGAGCCUUUUGGGGGGCGCCUUCCUGUCCUGUUCCUGCCCAAAACCCGAAGACCGAGGGCAGCACUACUACCGCCAGUCCCAGCCUCCCUCAGCCCGAGAACCCACUGUAAAAAGGGGAGAGCCAAACGAAUAAUCAUGUCGCCUGGGGAAGCAUCCGAUCUUGAAACCUUGGCCAAACACAACUUGGUUUUCUCUGUAUGAUAAACUCUGCAUUAACUUUCCCCUAUAAUGCUGUCUUUCUAUUGUUGUCGUUGUUAUUAUUGUUGUUAUUGUUAUUUUGUAAGCCAACACUGGUAUAUAUCUUAUGGUUUGUACUAAAAACAAAAUCUGUAUCAUUAAAAUAUUUUUAUUGUCAA